AUGCCUACCCUAUCGUUGAUCAAUUUCAACAUAGUCUGUGCGACGUUAGGGGGAUUCAUCUCCCUCUUUGGACUAGUCUCCUACUUAUUCAAGGAGAGAUUGUACCUGUCUGAAGCCUUAAUCUCCUUGCUUGCGGGAGUCAUCUUCUCCCCGCAUGCUGCCAACUUCAUUCGACCCGAGGAGUAUGCCCUCGGGUCGGAGCAGAACCUGGGGGAAAUAACUAUGUACUUCACCCGGCUUGUACUAGGGGUCCAGCUCGUCCUAGCCGGGGUGCAGCUCCCCAAACGGUACCUGCAGCUGGAAUGGAAGAGUCUAUCUCUGCUCCUGGGACCGGGCAUGGCGGCCAUGUGGAUGUGCAGCAGUCUAGUUGUCUGGGCCAUGGUCCCGGAAUUCCCGUUCUUGCAUGCCCUCAUCGUGGCCGCCUGUAUCACCCCGACGGACCCGGUGCUUUCAAACUCGAUCGUCAAGGGCAAAUUCGCCGAUAAGCAUGUGCCCCGUCCGCUGCAGCGCAUCAUCGUCGCGGAGUCCGGGGCCAAUGACGGCCUUGGGUACCCAUUUCUGUAUUUCGGCCUGUAUCUGCUCAAGUAUGUCGAGAUGGGAGGUGAGGCCUACAGUGGUGGUGCGGGGAAGGCCAUAGGGCUAUGGUUCUAUGAGACCUGGGCGUAUACCGUGCUCUUGAGUGUGGUCUAUGGCAUCACGGUCGGUUGGAUCUCCCGCGAGCUGCUCCAUUGGGCAGAGGAGCACCAUUACGUGGAUCGAGAGAGUUUUCUCGUUUUCGCUAUCGCUCUUUCGUUGUUCAUUGUCGGUACUUGUGGGUUGAUUGGGACCGAUGAUCUGCUUGCCUGCUUUGUGGCUGGUAAUGUGUUUACGCAAGACGACUGGUUUCGACUUGAGACCAUGGACGACUCAUUGCAACCCACUAUCGAUAUGCUUCUCAACUUGGCGGUCUUUAUGUGGUUUGGCGCCGUCUGCCCCUGGUCGUCGUUCCUCAACAACAGUGUCAUUCCGAUUUAUCGGUUGAUCUUUCUGGGAAUUCUAAUUCUGCUCGUCCGUCGCAUGCCAAUCGUGUUUGCCAUGCACAAGUAUAUUCACCAGAUCGAACAUCUCUACCAAGCGGGGUUUGUGGGCUUUUUCGGACCCAUCGGCGUGGGAGCCAUUUUCUACUUGUCGGUAUGUCGGGAAUUCCUGCAGGGAGUUACAGCCAACGGCACCGUGCGGGAAGACGCGCAAAAGCUUUCCGAGGCAGUCGAUGUCAUUGUGUGGUUCCUGGUCAUCUGCAGCAUCGUUGUGCAUGGCCUCUCUAUUCCGCUGGCUAAAGCGGGCUACCAUUUGCCCCGAACAAUCUCGCAGGCUCUCAGCACCAGCGCGACCCAAGAACAAGAUCCUAUUCCCAUCGAAAACAUCAGCUUCACCCAUAGUACCGCGACGCGCAACUCAGAAUUGUCGCACAGUCGGGGCCGUAAACGCGGUGCUGGGACCACGUCCAGGGAUCCACCCCCGCAAACAUUCUUCCAGAUUGGCCGCCCAGUGGUUCCGACUACAUCUCUGCGUGAUCAAAUCGGGGUUGGUGGUGCGGACGAGCCCGCUCGGCCGGUGAAUCUGGUCACUUAUGAUAACGAGGCUGGAAAUGCGGCUUAA